AUGACCGCCACGGGUGACACCGACGGGAGCGUCACUCGCGUCGUCAGGCACGGUCCGAGACUUCCGCUCGGGGCUCGAGUGCGCUGUAAGCGUCUGUUCAUCGAGACGAAGGCGUCGGACCACGACGCACCGCUCGAGGACCACGAGGAAGACUUUUCGUGUCCUCGUCUCGACGACGAGGUGACGCUUCGCGUGCGAGGAUGGCGGCUGAGACAAAUCAUCGACGAUGACGUGAUUCGCCACGAUCGUUUCACGCCGGCGCGGGAGUCGACGUUCGUCGUGGACGACGCGAGGACGGACGCGAGCUCGAGCGAGGUGUGCGUCGGUUUCGAGGCGGCGGCGCUCACGAUGUUCGUUGGCGAGGUGUGUGGAGUCGUCGUCCCGAGCGGGCGUGGUGACUGUUUCGAGAAAGAACCAAUCGAGAGCGUUCCGAGAGACUGUUACGUCGAAUGGGAGAUAGAGCUGGCGAAGAUUCGGCGAAAGGAGCGUUUGGACGCGCUGGCGUCCGCGAGACGCGUUUUAGACGCAAACGCGGUGGUACGGGAGGAAGCGAACGCGCUGUUUUCGAGAGGAGAGUACUCGAGAGCACUUCGAAGAUAUGACGAGUGCGCGACGGAACUCUCUCGAGUAUUGUUCCAGGCUGCUCAGAUCACGGAUGAAGAAAUGUACGCCAUUGCAAAGAUGGCAGUCACGGUGAACACGAACGCCGCAACUGCUUUGGCAAAACUCGGUCGGCAAACGGAGGUUCUGAUGCGAUGCGACGCGGCGUUGGAAAUUGAUCGCACGGCGGUGAAAGCCAUGUAUCGUAAAGCGAUCGCUCUGGAGUCCUUGGAGAGGGAUGAAGAAGCUCUGUCAUGUCUGCGUGACGCUUUAGAGUUGUCGAAGGAUAAAGCGAUCCGCGAGGCAUUCGUGCGUGUUCGUCGACGAAUAGAGACGACGCGAUCGGUAGAAAGUAAAACAGAGCGUGAACGGUGCGUACGAAUGAUGAAAGCCACCUCGGAGGAGGACACGACGAGCGCGGUACAGACCACUUUUGUCGGUAGGAUGACUAGUUUUUGUCGCCGGCGUCCGUUUCUUUCCACUACAAUCGUCCUCGCCGUCUGCACAGUGGCAGUGAUGUGCUUCAAAGAAGCCGAUAAUGAAGGAGCCGAUAACAAACUAGAAUGA